AGUGAGAUACGAACCAGUGAAUCUGUAAGAUCCAACUAAUUGAUAAUCACGUUUAAUAAAUAUAUAAAAAAGUGAAACUGGUUCCGUGACUUAGUCGGUUGCAAUAUCAGUAAACAAGGUGUGAAAUAUAUGUGAGGUGCUCAGUUAUAUAAAAAUUGAUUUUCAGAUUGUGAUUUUGUAGAAAAAAUAGAAGAUGUUAAAUGCGAUAUACUAAAUAUGCGUAAAUAGCUUCUAAUCUUUCCAAUUGAUCACAAUCAUCAAAUCAAUGUUUACCAUUUAUAAAAAAUAAAUGAUUUGUUUUAUUCUUUAAAAAUAAAGAAUUGUGAAGAAAUUCAAGAUGGUUUACACAAUAUCUGACAAUGUGGAGAGCAUUAGAACAAAACAAAAUAUGGACAGUAAAUUUAGGAAAAUCAAAACAGCGGAAAAUGAAGAACCGUUCGAUGAACUUGAAGCGAGAAGAAUAUGGAAAAACGUGUUACUAAUCGGAUUUGCGUUCAUGAUUCACUUCACAGCGUUCUGGGGUGCUUCCAAUUUACAAAGCUCUGUAAAUUCAGAAGCAGCUUUAGGAACAUUCACUUUGGCUAGUAUAUAUGGAUCCCUUUUGUUGUCAAAUAUCUUAUUACCUGCAUUGGUUAUGAAGUGGCUUGGAUCCAAAUGGACAAUCGCAUUAUCCUUUAUAGUCUAUAUGCCGUUCAUUUUAUCCCAAUUUUAUCCAAAAUUCUAUACAUUAAUACCUGCAGGACUGGCAGUUGGCUUAGGAGGAGGACCUCUGUGGUGUGCAAAAUGCACUUAUUUGACUAUAGUUUCAGAAGCAUAUGCUAAAAUUGCUGGAGUCAGUUCAGAAACUGUGGUGACAAGAUUUUUUGGAAUAUUUUUCAUGUUUUAUUCUUUUUCACAGGUUUGGGGAAAUUUGAUAAGUUCUGCUGUUCUAUCGUCUGGAGAGAUAGCUAUUUCUAAUAAAACCACGUCAUUUUUUAUUAAUAGCUCAGAAUCUACAGAAAUUAGAGGAGUUACAAACAAAUGUGGUGCUAACUUUUGUCCUGGAGUUAUAACUUCUGACGCCGUACCCAAUUUAGUACCACCUCCAUCAUACAAAAUCAACAUGAUUGCUUCUAUUUAUUUCUUGUGUAUGGUAGCUGCAGUACUUAUAGUUAGUGUUGGUGUAGACAAAAUGUCCAGGUAUCGGAAAGGAAGAAAAGUCAUUGGGACAACAACUGGCUGGAGACUUCUUGUUGUAACUUUAAAACACUCAACUCAACCUUUACAAAUGCUAAUUCUACCCAUUAUCAUGUUUAUAGGAGCAGAACAAGCUUUCUUAGCUGCAGAAUAUACUUCGGCCUACGUUGGUUGUGGAUGGGGCAUAAGUAACAUCGGCUUCGUAAUGAUAUGUUUCGGCACUUGUAAUGGUAUAGCAUCCAUUUUAUGCGGCAGUUUGGUAAAAAUAACAGGAAGAGCAUCUCUUAUUUGUGUUGCUUUUAUUCUACACGUAGCAUUGUUGAUAACUUUAUUGUGGUGGACACCAGGACCUUAUAAUAGCUGGAUAUUUUUCGUAGUUUCUGCUCUGUGGGGGGUAUGCGAUGCUUUAUGGUUGGUACAAAUCAAUUCUUACAGUGGAAUUCUUUUUCCUGGCAAAGAAGAAGCUGCAUUCAGCAACUUUCGAUUAUGGGAAUCAACAGGAUCUGUUAUUACAUACAUUCUGAGUCCAUAUUUAUGCAUUAAUAUCAAGAUAUAUCUGCUAAUUCUCCUACUUGUUAUUGGUGUAGUUGGAUACACAGCUGUCGAAUAUGUACACAGAAAACAUAGGAAAGAAAUAGAUGAAGACGUUAAAAAAGGAAAAUUUGAAUUAGUUAGUGAUGUGGUAAAAUCUGGUGAAGUUGCCGAUUGAUGUGAUUCGUAAUAGCAGAAAAUAAAAUAUCAAAACUGAAGCUUCCAAAGCAAGAACAAUAAUGUUUUGAAGACACUUGAAAGUAUAUUUUUAAUCAAUGUAUACGAUAUUAAGACCGAGCCAUGUUGUGAAACGUUUGAAAUCUUCUUGAGUAUAUAGAAAUUUAUGUAUUAUAAUAAUGGAAUCGUAUUUUAAAAAAUAAUAUUCAGAAAUAAUUAUAUUGUAAAUAACAUAAACUCGCUACAAUGAGUUCUAAUCAAUAAUAAUCACAAACAUAUAUAACCAGAAUUAACAAUGCCCUAAAAUUAUAUUAUUCACUUUUGCAUAAUUUUUGCAAACUUGAUCUCUAUUUAUUUAUAAUUUGAAUUAAUUAUUUGUGUAUAACUGAAUUGAAUCAGUUGUUGUCAUAACCCACACGGGGAACAAACAAUGAGGUUUUAAAGGCAGUUAAAAGUAUAUUUUUAAUCAAUGUGGAUAAAUUGUUGUACAAGUAAAUGUUAUUUUUCUUUUACAUGCUAUUCUGAUAAUAAAGAUAAAGAUUAGAAAA